ACAUCCCUUAUCAAUGGAACAAGAAAACAAUGUUUUCAACAACAACAACACAAGCAACAGCAGCAGCACCACCAACAACAACAACAAGAACAAGAAAAAGAAUCCAUUAGACCCAGAAGAGUUCCGCAACCAUGGUCACAAGCUGAUCGACUUCAUUGCAGAUUACUACUCAAACAUCACCAACUAUCCUGUGCGCAGCCAAGCCCAACCAGGCGAGCUCCGUCGUCUCCUUCCUGUCCAAGCUCCCAUCUCUCCCGAACCAAUAGAUUCCAUCCUCCAUGACAUCAACUCCUUCAUCCUCCCCGGCCUCACCCACUGGCUCAGCCCUUUUCACUUUGCCUACUUCCCCUCCAGCGCUAGCACCGCUGCCUUCCUCGGUGACCUCCUCUGCUCCGGCCUCAACGUCAUCCCUUUCACCUGGCUCUCCUCUCCUUCCGCUACAGAGCUCGAAUCCAUCGUCAUGGACUGGCUUGCCAAAGCUCUCGCCUUACCUUCCUCCUUCCUCUUCUCCUCCGGCACCGGCGGUGGCGUCCUCCAAGGCACCACCUGCGAAGCCAUUCUCUGCACCAUGCUUGCUGCCCGUGAAAAAACACUAAUCCUCACCGGCCAUCACCGUGCCUUUGACCUUGUUGUCUACUCAUCAGACCAAGCCCACUCAUCCUUCCAAAAAGCCGCCAAGAUCGCCGGCAUCCUCCCUUCCAACUUCCGAUCUCUCUCCACUUCCUCGUCUACCUUCUUUUCUUUCUCUCCUUCUCUUCUCCGGCAAACAAUCUCCGAAGAUCUCUCCUCCGGCCUCAUCCCUUUCUUCAUCUGCGCCACCGUCGGGACCACCUCAUCCACCGCUGUUGACCCUAUCAAAGAGCUCUCACUUAUUGCAGCGGAAUUUAAUCUUUGGCUCCAUGUUGACUCAGCUUAUGCCGGCAGCGCCGCCAUUUGCCCGGAAUUCCGACACUACUUCGAUGGAGUCGAUGGUGCUAGCUCUCUUAGUCUCAAUGCUCACAAAUGGCUUUUAACCAACUUGGACUGUUGUUGUCUUUGGGUGAAGGAUCAAGCGGCGUUGACUUCGGCGUUGUCAACUGACCCGGAGUUCUUGAAGAACGACGCCAGUGAUUCCAAGGACAAGAAUGUGGUUGACUAUAAAGACUGGCAGGUGGCUCUGAGCCGCCGGUUCAGGGCCAUGAAGCUUUGGUUCGUGCUUAGAAGCCAUGGUAUUAGUGGGAUUCAGAGCGUGAUAAGAGGACACGUGGAGAUGGCCAUGAAAUUUGAGGGAAUGGUCGCCGAUGACCGGAGGUUUGAGGUGGUGGUUCCGAGGACCUUUGCUAUGGUUUGCUUUAGGUUGCUGGCGCCGGAAGGGUGGCCGGAGGAGGUUAAUGAGUUGAACCGGAGGUUGCUUGAGGGGUUGAACAAGUCCGGUAGGGUUUGCAUGAGCCAUGCAGUGGUUGGUGGGGUGUACGUGAUUAGGUUCGCCAUCGGCGCCACCUUGACGGAGCAGCACCAUGUGGACUUGGCUUGGAGGAUGGUUCGCCGGCAUGCUGAUGAUCUUCUCGGUAAUGUCGCCGGAGAGGAGGAGGAGGAGGAGUUAAAAGAGAAUGGUUAUUAUAAUUGUGGGUAAAGCUCUCCUGCUUGUUUGAUUUGAAAAGGAAAAGAAGAAUAUUAUAAGAGCAGCUAUUUUUGGAAAAUAUCAUGAAAGUUGAAAUAAAUUGAAUUUGAGU